AUGGAAGAAGUGAAGGUAGUCUGCAGAGGAAUGGCUGUGGAAUUCGUUAAGGAUGCACCCACCAUUGCAUCUUUCUCUGUGGCUCAAAACUGGGAUGAACAGAAAACUUCAUCCCUCAGAGCUGCCAUUCAAAGUGUACUGAGCGCCAAUCCAAUUUUGACUUCUUGCCUCGAGACAAGAAAGGCUGAUAAUGGACAACACGAAAUGGUGGCUAUGUUCCACACCUUCAAUCUAGACGAGCUGUUCAAGAUCAUCCCCAAUUCAUCUAGCAAUCUGCCAGCUGAAGAAAAGCCGCUCAACGACAUGGACCAGCAAGAGCUGCUCGCAUAUCUGGACCAAAAAAUCAUUCCACAGUUUCCAAGCCAUGUUGGCCAACAAACAAGACUUGGUGGUGAGGAAGUCAAAGACAAAUCACCGGUGUUUGAAGUACAAAUGAUGGAGCUGCCCGGCCAGUACGUUUGCUAUACCGUUUUGCUCAGCCACUGCAUUGGUGACGGAGCCAUCUACUACCAAGUCAUGGAACAGCUCAACUCUGCUUUCACAAGUAGUAGUGGAACGAUUGAGACUAAAGCAAUUAACUGGGAUGGCUAUGACAAGAUGGACAUGCCAACUGUUGGUCCACACCUUGUACCACACCCUCUUACGAUACUUGGAUUGUUCGUCAUUGGUCCUAAAGUCUUCAAGAAGUUUGGACCCAAAGAGGCAGAACCGUAUAUACUUCUGUUGAGUAAGAAGAAGAUCAACCAAAAGAAGAUAGAGUUGGUGGAUCAUGAUAAUGACAGUACCACCACCACAACAACAACAAGAGAGUACCUGACAUCCAAUGACAUUGUUGUGUCUGCUCUCUGUGAAGCCAUGCUGGAUGAUGCCACGGUCCACACUCAAGCUGUGAACAUGCGGUACAAACUGGACGAUCUAGAGCCCAACGAUGCUGGCAGCUACGUGCUAAUGUCAACUCUGGGUGCCAAAGAGGCAGCUGGCAAUCCCAAUGUGGUCCACAAAGUGAAUGCUUCGGGCCAGAGCAACAUGAGUCCUUGGAAGUCCUUUUUGUCACUGUCUCGAGGCAAGGUUGUCUGUAACACUAGCUGGACUGGACUGAAAUGUGUACUGGAUGGAACAGUUGCACAUUUCCCGUCCAAGGGUUUCCUCCGUACCAGAUUUCGUUCGAAUGGGUCUUCGUACGCUACCGUAAUCUUUGAGUAUGACGAUGAAGCCUUGGGAAUUCUGGCGACAUGCCCCUGGAAAAAGGGGGGAUUGCUGGAGUCCAUCCUUCUGGACUGA